GUUGACAUCAAUCCAACAUCGCGUCAAGAAAAACACUCAUCUCACAAGUGCAAUUGAGAACUUAUCAUGCAAUUACCAUCUCACCUAUCACCGCUUCCAAGUCUCAGAUUUGCAUGACUCGAACUUAGACAACCACUUCCAAAACCAACAGUGGGACACCGUUUUCGUGAACAACGAACCUCAGCCAAGACCUCCAUCCCACAUCCUUGGAAACGGCACAAAACAGGAACCGAGGACUUCUGUGCGUCCCCAAACCGCAGGCCUUAUCCGGGCCAUCCGCUACCCCCAUUCGAUAACGGACGGGGAUCAAUUGCUCUUUAAAGCCAGCCAGUCGGCCUUCCUUGUUCAGCGCGGCCCGCGUCUGUCCCCACACCACGACGACUCAAGCAAUGCCAACGACAAGACAACAGGCGCAGCGCAGGCUUGCUUCUGGGUUGGAUGAUACAACAACUACCUCCUCGGCUGUGACUUCUUCUUCAUCGGAUACGAAAGUGACAUCUCUCAAAAAGAGAGCCCCGCCAAAUCAGCCAACGGUUGCAGAGGAUGAGAAGGACAAGUGUGGUAUGAGCCGGCUAUCAGAUGAGGAGCGUCCGCUCCUUCCGGAGGGUACAGCCGUUGAUGGGGGUGGUGUGCCAUCAUCGACGGCGAGCUGGACGAAGAGGAACGAGUGGAUUGUUUAUGCGCUUGCUAGCGGGGCUUGUGCUGCUUUUAAUGGUGUUUUUGCCAAGUUGACUACGACUGAGUUGACGACUACACUGUCGAUGUGGAUUGCGCGCCUUGUUGGCCUGGAGAAGGCUGAGGGGAUUGUUGAGGUUGGUGUGAGAGGUUCCUUCUUCUCCCUCAAUCUCGUCUUCAACGGCAUCAUGUGGACCCUCUUUACAAAAGCCCUCUCAAAGGGUAACUCUACGACUCAAGUCUCAAUCAUGAACACCUCCUGCAACUUCUUCAUCACCGCCAUCCUCGGCUUUGCCAUUUUCUCUGAGGCGCUCCCGCCAUUGUGGUGGAUGGGGGCUGCGAUGCUUGUGGCGGGGAAUGUCAUUAUUGGGAGCAAGGAUGAGGGGGUCAAGGAAGCAGUGAUGAGUGAUGGUGUAAGUGUGGAUGGGAUUUCAUUGGCGACGCAGGAUGAUGGGGUUGAGGGGAGGAGGAGGAAGAGUGAGGAUGAUGAGGAGGAGGAUGAGGAUGUGUUACAGGAUUUAGUUGUGGAGGAGGAGAGGUGAAGGGGGUGUUGGUUGAUGUGAUACCCAUUCUGGCGAAGAGAUACAAAACAUGUAGAUCUUAUAUGUAUACAGAACUCUGGAUUGUCUCAA